AUGGUAGGCUACUCAGUCAAACGCAAAGGCUACAGGAUUACACAUCUAUGCACCAACAAGAUCAGCAUCAGCAGAGCUGUUUACUUUGAGAGUGAGGAACUCCCACCUGCAGAAGGGGACUGCACAGAAGUGAACAGCCAGAUAAUGUAUCUUGAUGUGAACAGUCUGAGAGAAGAGACAUCAGAUCCAGAGAUUAUCCUGAUUGACAGAACAGCAACUGCUGCCUCACCAGAGAUGCCUGACCAAGAGGGAGACACAGUAGAAGGAAGUGACGUCAUCACACAAGCCGGGAGUGCGUAUGCAAAGAAAGAAGCCAGGGGGUCGAUUCGAGCCCGAUUUGGGCCAAAUUCGUGCCUAAUUGGGCCCGAAUCAGCCCAGAUCAGGAUGGAAUCUGCUUGGAAUGGGCUGCAGCAGCCCAUUCCAGGCAGGUUUGGGCUGACUCAGGCCUGGAUCGGGCCCAUGGACGCAUGCCAUGCCACCUGGGAGUGUGCCCUCAAGCGACCCAUGCCUUCCCUGCUGGCCAGAGCAGAAAUAGAUGAUCAGAGAGAAGUUUAUCUGCUGGAAACCCUGGAACAGCUCGAUGCAAGGCACCUGAGGGUGUUCCUACACUAUCUGAGACAAAUCGAGCCAAAGGGUGACAGAUUCUAUUUUUAUACGGUAUCAGAUGAUCCCAAGAAGCUCACUGAUCUCCUCCUCGAUCAUUAUGGGGUGGACUAUGGGACAGAGGUAACUGUGAAAGUGCUCAAGUCUAUGUACCAGGAAGCCCUGGCAAAGAAACUUGCGGAUUUUCAGCACAAUGCACAACACUUUGUUGAGAGGAACAAGAAAGAGUUAAUUCGCCGAGUCUACAUGGUACAACAGGUCCUGGAGGUACUGAAGGUGUCAAAGGUGAUAGAUCCUUAUCAAUAUGGGAGAAUCAUGGCUGAGGGCACUGACAGGCAGAAAAUGAAGGAAUUGUAUAAACUGGUGUUAAAGUGGAACAACAAAAACAAGGAUUGUCUGUACCAGGCACUUAGGGAGACAAAUCCGUUCCUCCUCAAAGAAAUGGAAGGGGGACAUUUUGUGGAACGUUACCAAAAAGAGUUGAUUGAAAAAGUCUCUGGGGUGGACAUCAUAUUAUUUCGGCUACUUGGUUAUAACCUGAAGCCUUAUGAAUAUCACUGCUUUAUAACUAAGGAGACAGAUGCACUCAAGAUGAAGAAACUGUAUGAACUGGUGCCAUCCUGGAACACAGAAGAGAAGAAUCGGCUCUACCGGGAGCUUAUUCAAACACAUGGGACUCUUAUUGCAGCCCUUGAGGGUGGAAGUGAAGCUGAAGACAUUAUGGCAUCUCUCAGAAAUGAGGAACACUUCAUUGAGAAGCACCAGGAAGAGCUGAUUCGCCGUAUCAUUGGGGUGGAGGUUGUUUUACACUCUGCACUGUGUGAUAGUCUAAUAACAAGAGAACAAAUGAAGGAAAUCAAAGGCAGCCCUCAACAGCAAAUGCAGAAACUGUAUGAAUUGGUACCAAGUUGGAAUACAGAGGACAAGGAAAAAUUGCAAUACAUUCUAAUGGAAACAAACCAAUGGCUUAUUGCCCAGCUUGCAGGGGGCCAUUUUGUGGACAGACAUCAGGAGGAGCUGAUCGAACGAGUGACGGAGGUCCCCCUGAACCAGCUUCGUGGGUUUGCACUGGAUGAGGAGCAAUAUGAGACUCUCCUUCACUGCGCCACAGCCAAGAUGCAGAUGUUAGCCCUGUUCCAGAUGGAGCAGAAGUGGAACAGGCAGCAGAAGGAUCGACUGUACCGAGCGCUGGCAGAAACCAAUCCAGAUGUUAUUAAAAUUCUCGAGGAGGAACAUUUUAUUGAAAAGCACCGGGAGGAAUUGAUUCAUCGAGCCUCCAGAGUUGAUGCUAUCUUACGUCGGCUCCAGGAUCAACAGUCCCUGAUGAAAGAGGGCUCAGACCAGCAGAAAAUGGAGCAGUUGUACACACAAGUGCCAAAGUGGAACAGGAAGCAGAAAGAUUAUCUGUACAUGGUGCUGAAGACGACCAAUGGACCCCUUGUUGCAGAAAUGGAAGAGGGGCACUUUGUUGAGAGGCACAAGAAAGAGUUGAUUGAAAAUGUCACUAAGGUACAAAGAGUGGCACAAUUACUGCUACGUUAUAUAAACUGUCGUCAAUUGUAUGUCAACAUUGUGAAGAAGGAUACAGACAAGGAACGAAUGGAGAUACUCUGCAACGUGGUGCCAAGCUGGAAUGGGGUCUGGAAGAACCGUCUGUACCAAGAACUAAGGGCAACAAAUGAACCCCUGAUUAAGGAGCUUGAGGGUAGAAGAAGCAGUAAAGAGGGCUUGGUUCCUGACCCACUUGCAGAGGAGAAAUGCUACUUGUGCCCAAAGGAGAAGGGUUUUCCAGUGGUUCAACCUGAAUUCAUUCCAGAUGCUGAAGGGAAACUGAAGACAUACAGAAUUCGGCUGCCCGGGGCUGGCAUUUUCUUUUGCUCGGUAACUGAGCUCAAGUUUGAAGUGAGGGCAGCCGUGACUGUCAAAUAUACAUACGGCUCCUGGGAUGAGCACCUGAGCGAGGCUGAGAUGCAGACAUGGGUGGUGGCUGGUCCGUUGUUUGACAUUCAUGCAGAUCCAGCAGGGGAGGUGGCAGCUGUUCACCUCCCUCAUUUUAUAUGUCUUCAAGAGGGAAAGACUGACAUCUCCCAGAUGAAAAUUGCCCAUAUUGUUGAAGCUGGGAUGGCUCUGGAGGCACCGUCACGGGUGACCCAGUUCCAUGCGGUGCUGGAGAACCCCCAGUUCUCUCUUCUGGGUGUGCUGCUGAAACCCCUCCAGAGGUUCAUCCCCAUCCACUCCGUGGUGCUGCUCUAUCAGACCUGCAGGAGGACUGUGACCCUUCACCUCUAUCUGGUUCCCAAUGAUUCUUCCUUGACAAAGGCCAUCGAAGAUCGUGAGAAAAGCCGGCGCUCCGUGCUGGUGGAUAAACACCCUCAAACGGAUGAGCCCUUGUACUAUGGCUCUCGGUACAUUGUCUUCAGCUCAGCAGAACUCCGGAUAAACCCAUUGGAAUUGGAAUUUUCCUAUAAGAAUCCAGGACAACUGCAAUCCUUUGUGGAUAUCUACCUUGGAAAAAUAGAAAGAAUAAACCUCAGUUUGAAAAAGAAGGAAGGUCUUUUCUCUAUCUGGGAUGCUUGGCUAGAAUCAGAGGAUAUCCUGGUUCAAGAGGAACAUCAGGUGUCUAACAGAGAAAUCAGAGAGGAAGAAAGAGCGGACCUGCACCUCAGCCUUCAAACACUUUCCAUAAGAAGUGAUACCAACUCUCAAACAGAAUCGAUUCCUGUAUCUUCCAUUGCAGAAGGGAGGCAGGCGGCCUUCACACCGGAGCCUCAUUUCAUUGAGCAGCACCGGCAGCAGCUGAUCCAGAGGACAGCCACAGUGGAGGGAGUUCUGGAUUUGUUGUAUGGAGUUGUCCUGGAUGAAGAGCAAUACGAAAGAAUCUCUUCAAGGGGAUCCAACAAAGAAAAAAUGCGGGAGCUGUACAGGCUGGUGCCGAGCUGGAAUCUCUCUUGUAAGGAUCAGCUGUACGAGGCACUGAAGAAGAACAAUCCAUUCCUCAUAGCAGACCUUGAAGGGCGAUGAAGCUAGAAAGAAGAUGGGCACAGGAAGUCCAGAAUCCCAUGCCUCGGGACUCCCUCAGGACCAUAUAAUACUCUCUCUGGAGAGUAUAUUAUGCUCCGAGUGGAACAUUAUGGGAGAUACAUUAUCUCUUUUGCACUAUGAGAAAGGAAUGGUAGGCACAUGGGCAUUAUGGGAACAAUGCAGUGGGAGCAAUAGCCACUGACGGAGGGAGUAUUUUUGAUAUCGUACUGUCUCUAUCUCCUAUAUAUCAUUCUGAGUGAUGCCCUUAUCAGAUUGAGCAAAAAACCAACGGUGGUUCUCUAGGGUUGCCAGGUCCCUCAACUCCACCAGUGGGAGAUUGGGAGCCUGGCACUUACCCUGUGAAGGCUUGAGAGUCUUCCCUUGUGCGCACGUGCUCCCUGCGUGCAUGAUGAUGUCACUUCCAGGAGCGAUGUCAUCAUGCAGGGUCAAAGGGCGCAGGCAGAAGGGUGCUCCGCAUGCGGCACUGAUUUGGCCUGAAACGGGUCCGCUGCAGGGUGCUGUGGGACACAGUUCAGGCUGCAGGAGCGUGCUGUACCACCUGGAGGCACCCUGGAGAGCGCCCCCUCCGCUGGCCAUGUAAGUGGACACAGGGGAGGGAAGGGUGGGAGCAGGGGAUUGCCUGCCCCAGGCAGGGGAAUGGCACCCCUAGUUCUCUUAGAUCUAGCCUUGCUAAUUGAAGAACAAGUUGGAGUAGUUGCUACAACUGUCUUGUAUCACCUACACUUAGCUCAUGAACUGUCAUCCUUCAUAGGUGCUGCUGAUCUAGCUACACUGUCCCACACAUCUGUAAUUUGUAGAUAGGGUUAUUGUAAUAUGCUGUACAUGAGGCUGCCCUUAAAGCUACCACAGAAUCUUCAGCUUGAAUGAAGAUUCCCUUCUUUUGAUGGGUCUGAUGCAAUAAGAACUUGUACUGUCCAUCUUAAAGCCACUGCACUUUUUACUGAUUUGUUUCUAGCUGCAAUUCAAGGUGUUGGUCCUUUCCUGGAAAGCCCGUUGUGGCCUGGGACCCUCGUACCUGAAGGACUGCCUCUCCACAUAGCAACCCACGUGGCAUUUUCAGUCUUCCCUUUGAGCCACUGGCAGUGCUUCCCUUUCACCAGCUACGGUCUUCCAUAAUUAUCUAUUUAGACAGCAGUCCUAAAGAGGUCUACUCAGAAUUUAACUAAAUCUUUUCACUAGGGCUUACCCUCCAGAAAGUGUUCUUAAGGUGGCACUGUUAGAGUUGUAGAACUUACAGAGUGUAAGAGCAUUCUAGCGGAGAGUCACAGAGCGCCCUCUUUACUGGCCACCUGCGAACUCUGAAAGGAGGUCUUGUUUCGAGGGGCUUUCCCUGCUGAGCUGUAAUCCUGGCUGUGGUAGUGCUGUUAGCCAAUGCUGUGUUUGGGGCGUUGGAAUGGCUGUUAUCGACUCCGUUUUGGUCUUGUUUUAAUUUUUGUACCGUAAGUUACUUCAAAGGGGAAAAUGUAAUAGACAUAUUUUUAAAAUAAAUAAAAUAUUACCUCAAUGCUUGAGUAGACAAAAUGCUAAGAGAUCCAUGAUUGGCUCUUCCUAGCGUUUUAAGAAGCUCAAUAGACCGUUCAGAGCUGCGGCACAAGGCAAGAAAGCAUCUAACCCUUCUACUUACUUAUGCGAAUUUAUUGAAUGUGGCCAUAGGCCUUCACAAUCUCAAAUCAUUCAUUAAAAAACAGCAACAAGAUACAAGAAUACAGAUAUAGUUACAUAGAUAUAAAUAAAAUUACUAUAAAAUGCAUUUUACCUAAAAUAUAAACAUUAAACAACAUUAAAACCAAACGGUUUCUCAUCUAUGCCCUCCUACUCUUGGAUGGUUUCACCAAUUGAAACGGACUCCUUACUAGGCCUAGAAGGAGAAAUAAACAGGCAAAGAAGGGCUGUCUGGUCCCCCGCCCUCCCGUUCCUGAGCUAAUAACAGUAUUGCGUGUGUGUGUUCUGAUUUCAAUCAUUUUAACCUUUCGGGGAUGGAACGCUUAGCUCUCCUGCUGUCCCUGCGUUAUGUCCCGAACAGCUACUGUUGGACUUUUAAACAUUCCGGGAAAAAACCCACUCCAUAAACUCUCAGAUGGAAAUUGAGGGCUUCUCUGUUCCACAGUCUCUUUCCACAGUAUCCUCCCUCAUAAUUAACGUUGCGAGGCUCCGCCAGGCUGUGGCGCACGAGAGCUGCCUCGUCUGAGCUGGGGCUUGGCUGGGGCGCCUCUCGUGCUGUGCAACCUGGCUGCGGAGCAGGAGAGCGGUCGCCCCAGCCAAGCCUCGGCUCGGAGCGUCUCAGCUGAGCUGGGGUGGAUAGG